CUUCCGCUCUCCAGGUGAGCGGCUGGAACAGGAAACAGCGGGAAAGCCAGCAGGACUCAUAGACGAAGAUCAGAUUUUCUUUUCAUCCCAAAUACUCGAAAAUGUGUGGAUUUGACAGGCAGAAGGGGCCUGGGAGGCUCAUGGCCAAAGGACUAACGCUUAUCGUUGUUGGUCACAUCAAUUUCAUCUUGGGCGCUAUCGUUCAUGGCAGUAUUUUACGCCACAUUUCCAAACCAAGAGGCACAAUAUCGACGGAAUACACAGUAUCUAACAUCAUAGCCGUCACCUCAGGACUGCUGAGCAUCGCAAGUGGAAUUGUUGCAAUAUUGGUGUCAAGAAAUAUUACCACCUGGAAACUACAUGUGGGCCUGUUGGUGAGCUCCUUCCUGAAUACGCUGCUCUCUACAGCCUGCUGCGUGGGACUGCUGCUGGCCAUCAGCCUCACUAUUAAAGCUGACGGGAAUGUGCUCAUGCAGGGCUGCAACUCCACAGACGUGCCCAUUAAUGCUCGCUCUCCUGUCUCUGCCAAUUGCCCCUUUGACACCACACGUAUAUUUGACACGACUUUGAGUCUGUGGUUCCCCUGCACUCUGCUUUCAGCCAUGGAGGCAGGCCUGUCUGUGUGGUGUUUUAUAAUAGGCCUGACUCUGAGAGGCAUCGGGCCAUGUGGUCACACCUACCUCAAAGAGCAGCUUGAAGAAGAAGCCUUGGCAUCCACAUCAAAGACUCAUCCAGAAUUCCCAGCUCCAAGCCAGCGCCUUAUUACUCACCAUUCUGUCUAUGCAUAGAGAAGAGAAUCAAUCAGAAAGCUAAGAUUGUGUUGAAGCACUACAGCUCUGAGGUAAUAACACAGAAUGCAGUCAUCAGAUGAACUCUAAGGUCCUGUUUCCUGGACGUGGAUUAAGACUAGUCUCAGACGAAAUUGCAUUACCAAAUCCAAUCCACCCUUUUUAGUUUAGGUUGUGUCUUAAUUUAGGUCUGAGAAACUUGCCCGUGAGGGUUUGGGUUGAAAAAUUUUUUUACUCAGCUGCAUAUGUGAACUGAAGAUUCAGAUAUAACAAUAAGAAUAACAAUAAGAAAAAAACUAAAUACAGUCGCAUGCAAAGGUUUGUACAUCUCCUGUCAAAUGACAUGCUUUGUUGGUUUUCUAAGUAAACAUAAGUUACAGGGAAUAGAUGUAAAGAUGUGCAUUUUUCUGCAAUUUUAGUGCACAAUUUCUGUUUAUUUGCUAAGUUUAUGAUAUUAGGGGAAAAAAAACAUAAAAUAUGA